AUGGAAAUACCAGAAAAAAAUAUAUUAUCUCCAUUGCUGCACCAUUCAGACUAUUUGAACGAGAGUGCUGACAACUGUACACGAGCGGUUGUGCAGGAGAAGCGACGAGAUUCGGCACAGAGGCAGUUCGAACCACAGGCCUUCAGGAGGCGGGCUGGAGACACUCACGCGAUGAUAGAAAAGGUAAAGGUUUACAUACGGGUUGUUUUUCUCAAAGUCGGGGAGAUCAACACACUCAAAGAGAAAUAUGCAGCGGAUGUCUUCCUGCAGGCUAGAUGGCGACAGCCUGGAGGCUACACAAUGCGAAGUUCGGACGGGAAAGAGGAGCCGUGGAACCCGCAGAUCCAGAUCGAGAACGUCCUAGGAGACUCCAAAGAGGAGGAGUGGGCCUACACAGACAAGGAGCGGGACGGCGGAAUCCGGGUCUUCGAGUGUCAGCGCAUCAAGGGCGUGUUCGUCGAGAACCUCGAGCUGGAGCACUUCCCAUUCGACACACAGGAUCUCUCUCUAACAAUAUCGUCGGAGUUAACGGAAGCGGAAGUGGAGUUACUAGAAGACGAGGAAGAGUUGAGUAGUGUGAAUAAGCAGAGUUUCGUGGACGAGCAGGAGUGGGCGCUGUACGAACACGUGGAGAUGCUGCCCAGGGCGUCUGUGAAGGAGUACACGAGCUCCAGGGAGAGACACCCCACCAUACUGGCCAGCUGCCACGCCGCUAGGCGACCCGGCUUCUUCAUCUGGAAUAUAUUCUUAAUAAUGAUGCUUAUCACACUGUUGGCGUUUGCGACAUUUGCCGUCAGUAUAGAACACACUCAAAAUCGUUUGCAGUUGUCCUUCACACUGGUGCUAACAGGGGUCGCUUUCAAAUUUGUCGUCAACCAAUCGCUACCUCGAAUUUCAUAUUUAACAUAUAUGGACAAGUACAUUCUGUCGUCUAUGAUCUACAUAGUUCUCGUCUGCGUUUGGCACUCAGUGGCGGGAAAACUGUACGAGCUGGCCAACAAGGAGUUUGCCCAACAGCUUGACUGGAAAGCUCUCAUCUUCUUCGUCAUUAUUUACAUAUCAAGUCACUUGCUUUUUUCAUUCUGGAUAUAUAAAGUCGUCUGGAAGAGACGACGUCUAAUGGUGAAAAAAGAUGAAGCUUACUGCGAUAAAGCAUCAAGGAUCAUACGGGAAGAGUCUGGUGCCAUGAGCGGUCUCAAGAGAAGACGGCACAGCGUCUGGAAUCCAGGGGUUUCCAUGAAGAAGCUUUUUGAUUCGUCAGCUUGACACUUUAUGACAUUUUACAUGUUAAUUAUUGCUAUUUUAAAGUAAGAUUUGCCUGUGCACAUGCUAGGUUAAUAUGCAGAUUUACCUGUAAACACAUGCUAGCAAAGGGUAGGGAGGGGGCGUUUAAUUGAAAAAAAAGACAUUUGUCUCGAUUUAUAGAGAAACAACUUAUAUUUUCCAUAUUAUUGAAGCUUGACUGUGUAUAUACCCGCUUAAGUUGUUUAAGUUCUACAGGGUACAGACACUGUGGAUUUUGAACGUGAUCAAGAAUGACUUACUUGGGAUGUGCUAUGUAAUAUGCCACUUAUAUUAUUGUGGGAUUUUGUUUGGGGGGAGGGUUUUCUUUGGGGGGGGGGGGGGGUCGCUGACCACGUUUUCGUUGUGGACAACCAUGCUAGAAAAUUCAAUAUAAUAGAAAUUCAAGAUGGCUCUAUAAAAUUCAAUAUGACGGACACAAAUAGCAUAUUAGAAACAGCAUAUGGCUUGUAAUAUAUCGGGAGGUUUAUGUUUUUGGGGUUCCUAAAUAUGUUUUAGGAGUACAUUUUGACAUUUCCCAUUACCACAAGACUGUCUUCGGCAAUGAACUUAAAGAAUCUUGAAUUACUUAAAAUACAAACAGAAUCAUUUUUUUUUUUUAGUUAUUGUUACCCUGGUAAACUGUUUAACGCUUCAAUGAACUCAAUUAGAUUAACAUCAGUUUUGUUAUCAAGGUACACUUUCAGAUUAGCAGAAAGAAAGAAAAAAGAAAUGUUUUACUUAACGACGCACUCAACACAUUUUAAUUACGGUUAUAUGGCGUCAGACAUAUGGUUAAGGAC